UUUAAGACUGCGCAUAAUUGUAUGAGGAAACAGUCACGUGAGACAUCCGAGAGUGACAUCUCGUGAUAAGCUACAUGGUCUCAUUCUGAUCCCUUGGUCGUAUCUUCCCUUACAAUAAAAACAAUCGUGAAAUGAGUUGGCUUUAGCUAACAAUAACCCUAACUUUUGCUCAAACAACAUGUUGUCUCGCCUUCUGAAGGAGCAUCAAGCGAAGCAAAAUGAGCGGAAGGAGCUGCAGGAGAAACGCAGACGUGAAGCGAUCGCUGCUGCUACCUGUCUAACUGAAGCUCUGGUAGAUCACCUGAACGUUGGUGUUGCUCAAGCAUAUGUAAACCAACGCAAACUGGAUCAUGAAGUUAAGACACUCCAAGUGCAGGCGAACCAAUUCUCCAAGCAAACAGCUCAAUGGAUCAGCAUGGUGGAGGGAUUCAAUCAAGCAUUAAAAGAAAUUGGAGAUGUUGAAAACUGGGCCCGCAGCAUUGAGAUGGACAUGAGAACAAUUGCCACAGCUCUGGAGUACGUUCACAAAGGGCAGCUUCAGUCUACUUGCUCAUAAGCAUGUAUUUUUUUACAGUACAUUUGUUCCUGUAUCUAAAGCUACACAUGAAUCCACCCCUCUGAGUGGAGUGAGAUUGAUAUUUUACUGACAAAUAUUUGUCUGUUGUAUUGGAUGAUGUAGUUCAGAUGCGUUUCACUGGGGAAGCUUUGUUUUUAGCUUGAAAACUGGAAAGACAAAGUUUUUUGGGAGGGAUAGAACAUGAAAGUAUUUAAUAGGCAGAACUUCUGGUAAGUUAUUCUUUAAAAUAUCUCUUUAAAAGAACUAAUGACAUAUUUACAUGUGCACCUCAUCUCUCCUGUAUGCACAUCUGAUAUAAGUGAAGAUUGAAUUUCAGUUGUUGCAAAGGUAAUUUUCAAAUGUGUAGCUUGACAAAAUUUAUUUUUAAUUUUUAUUUUCAUUAGACAAGUUAUAAUAAAUGGACAGUUAUCGUAAAUAACAAUAAAACAAACAAUAAUA